AUGUUCGACCUCCCUGUACAGGCGCAUGCGGCCCUCCGGCAGCAUGUCCUGCUCUACGGCGGCCUGUUCUUCUACGCCUGUUUCCUCAAGCCCGUCGACCAUGGCAACGCAGCGGACGUGAAGGCGCUCACCGGGCAGCAACGCGCCCUCGAAGGUUUCUACCGGACACAGGCAGAAGUGUAUGACGCUACUAGGGGGCUGCUCCUUCGCGGCCGGGAGGAUAUGCUGCAGCUCGCCGCUGCACAGCUCAAGCACCGCAUGGACGCGCAGUCCGGGAAGCCUAUAUGGGUUGAUGUUGGCGGCGGUACCGGAUACAACAUCGAGAAGAUGAAUGACUUCGUACCAGUCUGCGACUUCUUCUCGGCCGUUUAUUUGGUCGACCUUAGCCCGUCGCUGUGCGCCGUCUCCCGGCAGCGGUUUGCUAGGCUGGGAUGGAAGAACGUGCACGUCGUGUGCGAGGACGCCCGUACCUUCGUGCUCGACAAGUCCGAAGAUGUGCUGGAUACGGCGGAGUACGGGGCCCCGGGCAGCAAGCACCGCGUCAAAGCAGAUUUUGUCACCAUGUCAUACUCACUCAGCAUGAUCCCCGACUUCUACUCCGUGAUUGACUCCAUCGCCGACCUCCUCGCGCCCCACGGCCUCAUCUCCUGCAUCGACUUUUACGUGCAGUCCGCGAAGAGCUACAACCUCCGCAACUUCACUGGCGGGCACCACUCCCGGCACGUCAACUGGUUCUCGCGUCUCUUCUGGCGCGCCUGGUUCCGCCUCGAUCGGGUGCACCUCGACGAGGGCCGCCGUGACUACCUCGAGCACCGGUUCGGCACCAUCCUCAAUGCCAACGAACGCAACUACUCCCUCGGCGCCAUCCCGUAUUACAUCUGGCUGGGCUGCCAACGGUCCGCGACGUCCUCCGCAGCAGCGCAACGCAUCGACGCCCUCGCAACCGAAAGCCCAUACCUCUCUCCGGUGCACUACGUCGAGAAACGCGACGAGGCCGCCACCGCCGCAGCACGCGCCACCCGCACUCAGCUGCGCUCCAAAGGCUUCGAGGCCGCGAUCCUCAACCUCGCCGCGAACGUCCCCCUCCCCGCCACCUUUUACCAGAACCAGCGCUGGCGUCUCUACUACGACGAGGCGCUCCCGAAGCACACCCAGUUCGGGGACGACUACAUCUACGCGUUCGCAUGGGAGGACCCCGCGGAGGACCAACGGCUUCUCGGGAUUGGGGCAGACGACGUCGUGUUUGCGAUCACCUCCGCGGGCGACAACGUGCUCGCGUACGCGCUGCAGCGCCCGCGCUCUAUCCACGCCGUCGACCUCAACCCCGCGCAGAACCACCUGCUCGAGCUCAAGCUUGCCGCCUUCGCCGCCGCGCUCCCGCAUGCCGAUCUCUGGGCGCUCUUCGGCACUGGGCGUCAUGCGGACUUCCGCGCGCUCUUGCUCGAGAAGCUCGCCCCGCACCUCUCGUCGCGCGCGUUCCAGUUCUGGCUCGACAAUUCUGGGGCGUUCGGGUCGCGCGGCGGGCUGUACGAGACGGGCGGGACGCGCAUCGCGGUGAAGCUCUCGAAGUGGCUCUUCCGCGUGCUCGGGCUUCGGGGCGCGGUGCGCCAACUUUGCGAUGCCCCGACGCUGCGUGCACAACGGGCCAUCUGGCGGACCCGUUUGCGCCCGGUUGUGUUGAGCCGUUGGUUGAGCCGGUUCGUCGUCGCGAACGAGCAGUUCCUGUGGCGCGCGCUGGGCGUGCCGCCGAACCAGCGCGACAUGAUCUACGAAGACGCAGUGGCGGCAGCCGCUGCACGCGGAGGCGCGUUUGCGCCGAAGGACGCGAUGUGGCAGUAUGUCGUGGAUACGCUGGACCCGGUCGUGGAGAACACGCUGCUCAGGGAUAGCAACUACUUUUACCGCCUGUGCCUCAUGGGACAGUAUUCUGAGGACUGUCAUCCGGCAUACCUCUCGAAAGAGGCCCAUGCGACCCUCUCGCAACCGGGCGCUUUCGACGGGCUGCGCGUGCACACAGAUGAGUUCGUGGAGGUCCUUGCUCGCAUCCGUCCUGAGAGUGUCACCGUCUCUGUGAUCAUGGACCAUAUGGACUGGUUUGAUCCCGAGGGUACUCAAGCCGCUGAGGAAAUCCGCGCCCUGAACAAGGCAAUGAAGCUCGGUGGACGUGUCCUGCUGCGCAGCGCCGGGCUCAAGCCGUGGUACAUCUCUGCGUUCUCUGCUCAGGGUUUUAAGUGCGAGCGCGUCGCCGCGCGCACUUCUGGGAAGUGCAUCGAUAGGGUGAACAUGUACGCAUCGACGUGGAUCUGCACGAAGGUCGGUAUCGAUCCUUCGGCUCUCGCUGACGGAGAGCUGUCGGUCGCCGCUGUGGACGACGGAAAUGUCGAGGAUAGCUUGGAUUCUGAGGUGGUAGAGAGUCUGGAGCUGUGA